AUGCCACAGAGUGCCUUCAGGGAUGCACAGUGGGCUGGCAGUUAUUUUGGUAAUAAUAAAUUAUUUCCAUUAAAGGGUAAUGGACCAGUAAAAGUUACUGGAGAAAUCCGUGGCUUGACAGAUGGGGAUCAUGGCUUCCAUGUCCAUGAAUUUGGUGACAAUACAAAUGGGUGUACCAGUGCAGGUUCCCACUUCAAUCCUGAAGGCAAGCAGCAUGGUGGACCAAGUGAUGCAGAACGGCAUGUGGGAGACCUUGGCAAUGUGACUUCUAAAGGAGGAGUGGCAGAAGUGGCAAUAGAAGAUGCCAUCAUCUCUCUUAGUGGACCACAUAGCAUCAUUGGACGUACCAUGGUGGUCCAUGAAAAAUGCGAUGACCUGGGUAGAGGGGGAGAUAAUGAGAGCAAAUUAACUGGAAAUGCUGGCCCUCGUUUAGCUUGUGGUGUAAUUGGAAUAGCAAAGAGUUAAGUAUUGUACCUGAAAUGCUUAAGAUGAGUGGUGAAUGGGCUGUAUUCCAUUGCAAAUGCUGUACUUGCCUUUCCUUGUGCAAGCAAAAGAUUUAUCACUUAAUCUCAUUACUACUCUGCAUUCUGAAUAUCACUUAAACUGGUAAAGACUGACUUAAUUUUGUAUGAUGUAUGUUGCAAUUAAAGUGACCCUGAUGGAAUGUCUCUGUAGUCUUCUGCUAAAGCACCUGCUGUAACCAUUAAGUAUAACUUUGCUAACUGGAACCCCCAUCUGUGUAAUGGAAGAUGUGUUAGUAGUGGUCACACCCUGAGCACCAGAACUUCUAGAACAUACUGUGUGGUUUGGAGGAUUAGCCUUACAAGCUUUGGCAAGCCAGCUUGCUGGAGGGCAGUAGGCACUUGUGUGUACUGGGGCUUCCUCCUGGCAAGGUUGCAGCAUUUGUAGGUUUCAAACUUGUGUAAUAAACUUGCUGGGCAAAUAC